UCUGGACUUCCAAAAAUAACUGCGGGAAAAUUGACCCGUCAACGCAUGGAGGUCGAAUAAUCUCCCUUCUUUCCAGCUCUUCACUACCUGAAAAUAUGCCACCCAGAAAAUUUACCACAAGUACAGCAAACCGUAAAUCACGCCAAUCGGAAAUUACUGGAUUACCCUUCGUGAAACGACGAGCAAAACCGAUGAGGAACGAGAACAGGAAGAAGAUGAAGAUUUGCUUCUUGAGGAAACCCAAAGCACGUCCUAGACCAAUUGCCAUUCACCAGGAGCAUCUUAGUGAGGUUGAUAAACUGCUACGUCAAUUCGACUUGAAUUAUACCUAUGGUCCGUGUGUAGGACUAACGCGAUUAGAAAGAUGGGAAAGAGCACAGGCACUCGGUUUGAAUCCUCCGCAAUCAGUGAAGGAUAUCUUACUAAAAGAUGGCGGCGAAAAUCAAGAGUCGUUAUUUCACGGUCAGAUUUGAUGAUUCAUGCAUGAUGUAAUUUUCUAUCCAGCGAAAAAAAAAUUACGCAGAGGAAGACAAGGCUAUAAAAAAGCGGUUUCGCAUACAAUCUUUUUCCAUCUAUUACAAAACAACACCACAAAAAACAACAUUCACCAUGUCUUCCAAGAAUCACGGAUCUGCUAACCCUGGUAUUGCCCACGCCGAAGCUGCUCUUGGUGCUGGCCGCAA